ACCAAAGUAGCAGACAACAAUCACCAAACGUGUGCUUUGGGUGAAGGAUAGAGGCAAAAUCAUUUAAAAUGAUGGCUCUGCGGAAAUUUUGGCAGCGAAGCGUGCACAUAAUUCAAAAUACCGCAAUAUACACACCGGCAGCUAAUUUUCAUACGUCAGAAGCUCUUUGCUCUGCCCCGAUGAAGAAGAAGAGGAAACUGGACAUCAAUAUAGUCAUUCAGAAGGAGAUAAAGAAGAAAAGAAAAUUAGAGAAGCAGAUUAGAAGAUUGGAAGCCAAAGGAAGGAUUCUUAAGCCUAUUGAUGAAAUCGUUGGAGAUCGCUCGAUAAUGAAAACAAUAGAAUCUAGAAAGAGACCCACUGACAAUGAAAAUUCGAAGAAUGAGGAAGAAGUUAAGGCUUUACAAAGGCGAUGGGCUAACUAUAAGUUUGAUCAACAUGUUAAAGAAACUAAACAAAUAAGUGACGCUAUCGACUGUCAAAAUGAAGCUCUAAUCGAAUUGCGAAAGAUUUCGGAAGACCUGUAUCAACUUGCAAUACAGACUGAUAAUGACUUAGUUCCUUUCAAGAGAAUCGGACCAGUAUCAACUCCACCUAUAUCAAAUUAUAAUCCUCCGGAUGGUGAAUAUAUUGACACAACAAGGAAAUAUGACAAGUAA